AUGACACAGGAAAAACAUAAACUUAAUGAAGAAGCUUCAAAACAUAAAUUUACAAAUACCAAGCGUGCAUAUGCAAAUUACCUUAAAAGUUGUCCUUAUUGGGCCGAAAGACAUACCUCAGAACAAACUAUAAUUGAAAAGGAAGAGGAUGAAGGGGAUGAAGGGGAAGGGAAUAAAGGGAAUGAAAGAGGUGAAAGGGAUGCAUUUCAAUUAACUUUUCAUACUUCACUACCACAAUUACCUCAAUCACAAAAUUUAAACAACUUUUUUUAUACAACACUAUCUAUUACAUCAUAUAGAAGCAGU